AUGACAGGAGUUAUGCUGUGGUGCACUUACCAUGAGAAACACUUGGUAAGAGGAGCCUGUGAAAAGACCCUAAGUGACCUAAAACUGGACUACGUUGAUCUCUACCUAAUGCACUUUCCCAUGGGAACUAAGCCUGGAAAAGAGUUUUUCCCAUUUGAUAAGGAUGGCCAAGUAAUUCCAGACAACAGCAACUUUCUAGAAACAUGGGAGGCAAUGGAAGAGUUAGUGGAUGCUGGGUUGGUCAAGGCCAUCGGUGUGUCCAACUUCAACCGGGAUCAGAUUGAGAGAAUCCUGAAUAAACCAGGACUCAAGUACAAACCUGCCAAUAAUCAGAUCGAGUGCCAUCCAUAUCUGACUCAGGAGAAGCUGAUUAACUACUGUCAGUCCAAAGGCAUUACAGUCACCGCAUACAGUCCCCUGGGUUCCCCAACCAGACCAUGGGCACAGGCAGGUGAGCCAUCACUGCUGGAGGACCCAAAGGUCAAAGCCAUUGCAGAUAAGCACAGUAAAACCACAGCACAGGUUCUAAUCCGCUUCCACAUGCAGAGGAAUGUUGUGGUCAUUCCCAAAUCUGUAAACCCUAAGAGAAUCAAAGAGAAUUUUGAGGUCUUUGAUUUUGAGCUGAGUAAAGAAGAGAUGAACACCAUACUGAGUUUUAACAGAAACUGGAGAGCUUUUAUGCUGGAAUGGGCUUCCAAGCAUAAGGAUAAUCCAUUGAAUGCAGAAUACUAA